CUUUUUUUUUCUUUUUGAAUGAAGUGUCUUUCAUGACUAAAAGCGGGCUUUGAUGCGGUCAGCGACAUUCUUCUUUGGUGGUUAUAUAGAAAAAUCAUGAUUGAAUAUUGUCUUCGUUCCGGGUACACUUCAAUUAAACAAUAUAUUUCUGAUGAAGAUGAUAUGAAAUCGUUUGUUUCUUGAGGAACUUAAACACAAUAUCGUUUUUUUUAAUCAUUAGUGAGCAGUGUCCUAGAUACAAACAUGAGUGACAAACCUGCUUUUGUUGACCCUGUUAUUCCGAAGUUCUGGGGCCAGCCGGUUUUACGUCACCUUACGAAACUUCAGGAAAUGGCCAAUGUGACAGGACUUCCUAGUGAUGUCCAGGCACAGAUACAGUCGUGUAUAGACUGCGUCAAUGCUCGGGAAGAAUAUUGUGACAACAUUACGUUACCCUCAAGUACGGCUAUAAAUAAACUGAUUUCCAAAACUGAGGAACAUCCGUGGCUACACGUGUACGAAAACAGAGAUAUACAGUGGAAGGUUGGGCCUGGAAUGUUAACGGGACAACUCGAGGGCUCAUUCUUGAAAACGCUUGUCAGCAUGUCUAAUGCUAGGAGAAUUUUGGAGGUUGGUCUUUUCACUGGAAAUAGCGCCCUUGCUAUGGCGGAAGCACUUCCUGCCGACGGAAAAGUGGUCGGAUUGGAGAUUUCUGAAUAUAUCGGCGACUUCGCACGGCAGCUCAUAGAUCAGUCACCUCACGGAAAGAAGGUUGAAAUCAGGAUAGGACCGGCUAAGGAAAAUAUGGAACAACUUGCCAAAGAAGGUGAACAAUAUGACGUGAUAUUUAUUGAUGCUAAUAAGGAAGGCUACAUCGACUACUACAAGAUAAUCAUGGACAACAAUAUGUUGGCCCCUCGUGGUACUAUUCUGAUAGACAACGCUUUACAUGGAGGCAUGGCCUACCUAUCAGAAGAUCUUGCCCUCCUGCCAGGGGAUGGAGAAGGGCAAACAUGGUCAUCACAAACUUCAACAAGUUUGUGUACAAUGAUGACAGAGUUAGUCAGGUGAUGAUUCCAAUCCGGGACGGUGUCAUGGCGAUAAGACGGAAUGAAGAUUUCGAAGGAAACAUAUAGGGCAUACGAUGUAUAGAACUGUUUCAACGGUGAUUUAUUUACUGACAAUUUAAUUGGCCAUCUGUAAUUACGUCACUCACCGAAAUUAGUGGGUCUUACAUCACUCAACGUUGUUUAUUGACCUUACGUCACUCAGCGUAAACACUGGGUCACUAAGCGCCAUUGUUUCUUCUUACGCCACUCAGCGUAAUAAGUGGGUCUUAUUUCACUGAGUUUAAUAAGUGCGCCUAACGUUACUCAGUGUAGGUAAAAAUCACGUAUCGUUAAUAGCAGGUCUUACGUUUGUCCGGCGUAAUAAGUAUGUUAUCAGUCAUUCAGCAAUAUAAGUGAAUCGUACAGUCACCACUGAGCUUAAUUACUUAAUCGUACGCCACUCAUCGAAAUAAGAAAUCAUACGUCACUCAGCGUAAUUAGUGGGUCGUACGGCACUCAGCGUAAUUAGUGGGUCGUGCGUCAUUCGGUGUAAUUAGUGGGUCGUGCGUCACUCAGCGUAAUUAGUGGGUCGUGCGUCACUCAGCGUAAUUAGUGGGUCGUGCGCCACUCAGCGUAAUUAGUGGGUCGUGCAUCAUUCAGCGUAAUUAGUAGGUCGUGCGUCACUCAGCGUAAUUAGUGAGUCGUACGUCACUCAGCGUAAUUAGUGGGUCGUGCGUCAUUCGGCGUAAUUAGUGGGUCGUGCGUCACUCAGCUUACUUAGUGGGUCGUACGUCACUCAGCGUAAUUAGUGGGUCGUACGUCAUUCGGCGUAAUUAGUGGGUUGUACGUCACUCAGCGUAAUUAGUGGGUCUUGGGUCAUUCGGCGUAAUUAGUGGGUCGUGCGUCACUCAGCGUAAUUAGUGGGUCGUGCGUCACUCAGCGUAAUUAGUGGGUCGUGCGCCACUCAGCGUAAUUAGUGGGUCGUGCAUCAUUCAGCGUAAUUAGUAGGUCGUGCGUCACUCAGCGUAAUUAGUGAGUCGUACGUCACUCAGCGUAAUUGGUGGGUCGUGCGUCAUUCGGCGUAAUUAGUGGGUCGUGCGUCACUCAGCUUACUUAGUGGGUCGUACGUCACUCAGCGUAAUUAGUGGGUCGUACGUCAUUCGGCGUAAUUAGUGAGUCGUACUUCAUUCGGAGUAAUUAGUGGGUCGUGCGUCAUUCGGCGUAAUUAGUUGGUCGUGCGUCACUCAGCGUAAUUAGUGAGUCGUGCAUCAUUCGGCGUAAUUAGUGGGUCGUGUGUCACUCAGCGUACUUAGUGGGUCGUUCGUCACUCAGCGUAAUUAGUGGGUCGUACGUCACUCAGCGUAAUUAGUGGGUCGUACGUCAUUCGGCGUAAUUAGUGGGUUGUACGUCACUGGGCGUAAUUAGUGGGUCGUGCGUCAUUCGGCGUAAUUAGUGGGUCGUACGUCACUCAGCGUAAUUAGUGGGUCGUACGUCACUCAGCGUAAUUAGUGAGUCGUACUUCAUUCGGCGUUAUUAGUGAGUCGUGCGUCACUCAGCGUAAUUAGUGAGUCGUGCAUCAUUCGGCGUAAUUAGUGGAUUGUGUGUCACUCAGCGUACUUAGUGGGUCGUACGUCACUCAGCGUAAUUAGUGGGUCGUACGUCACUCAGCAUAAUUAGUGGGUCGUGCGUCAUUCGGCGUAAUUAGUCGGUCGUACGUCAAUCAGCGUAAUUAGUGGGUCGUGCGUCAUUCGGCGUACUUAGUGGGUCGUACGUCACUCAGCGUAAUUAGUGAGUCGUACUUCAUUCGGCGUAAUUAGUGGGUUAUACGUCACUUAGCGUAAUUAGUAGGUCGUGCGUCAUUCAGCGUAAUUAGUGGGUCGUACGUCACUCAGCGUAAUUAGCGGGUCGUGCGUCAUUCGGCGUAAUUAGUGGGUCGUGCGUCACUCAGCGUAAUUAGUGGGUCGUGCGCCACUCAGCGUUAUUAGUGGGUCGUGCAUCAUUCAGCGUAAUUAGUGGUCGUGCAUCAUUCAGCGUAAUUAGUGGGUCGUGCGUCACUCAGCGUAAUUAGUGAGUCGUACGUCACUCAGCGUAAUUUGUGGGUCGUGCGUCAUUCGGCGUAAUUAGUGGGUCGUGCAUCACUCAGCUUACUUAGUGGGUCGUACGUCACUCAGCGUAAUUAGUGGGUCGUACGUCAUUCGGCGUAAUUAGUGAGUCGUACUUCAUUCGGAGUAAUUAGUGGGUCGUGCGUCAUUCGGCGUAAUUAGUUGGUCGUGCGUCACUCAGCGUAAUUAGUGAGUCGUGCAUCAUUCGGCGUAAUUAGUGGGUUGUGUGUCAUUCAGCGUACUUAGUGGGUCGUACGUCACUCAGCGUAAUUAGUGGGUCGUGCGUCAUUCGGCGUAAUUAGUGAGUCGUACUUCAUUCGGCGUAAUUAGUGAGUCGUGCGUCAUUCGGCGUAAUUAGUGGGUCGUACGUCACUCAGCGUAAUUAGUGGGUCGUACGUCACUCAGCGUAAUUAGUGGGUCGUGCGUCACUCAGCGUAAUUAGUGAGUCGUACGUCAUUCGGCGU